AUGAUCGGCGUCAACAGCAUCCACUCGACGGGCCGCAUGCGGUCACGCUCGCUCUGUUCGGUCCGGAGCGGGCGAGACUCCAGGGACACCGACCCGUUCAGGUAUCCCAGAACCCCCCGCUCCCGCUCCCUCAAACCGCUGGCGUUCCCCGACCUGCUGGGAAAAACCCAAGACGGACAGCAGCACCUGCAGAGCCGCAAGAAGAAGACGCUGUACAGCUCCAUCAAGAACGAGAAGCUUCAGUGGACGAUCGAUGAAGAAGAGCUGAGGAAGUCGAUGUCAGAGCUGGCGGACGUUCGGACAGACUCCGCCUCCCACACAAUGAAGCGGCUGGGGAGUGGAGGUAACCCGCUGGUGGGCGUCGCCCAGCAGGCCGACGGCGAGCUCUACAAGAACGGCUUCCUGGUCCGCAAAGUCCACGCCGACCCCGACGGAAAGAGAACGCCACGGGGUAAGAGGGGAUGGAAGUCUUUCUACGCCAUGCUGAAGGGGCUGGUGCUCUACCUGCAGAAGGAUGAGUAUCGUGCGGAGCGCGAGCUGACGGAGGAGGACGUGAAGAACGCCGUGUCCAUCCAUCACUCGCUCGCCAUGAGAGCCGCCGACUACAGCAAGAGACCCAAUGUGUUCUACCUGAGAACCGCUGACUGGAGGGUGUUCCUGUUCCAGGCGCCGAACGCAGAGCAGAUGCAGUCGUGGAUCACACGCAUCAACGUUGUAGCGGCCAUGUUUUCCGCUCCACCUUUCCCGGCGGCGAUCGGCUCCCAGAAGAGAUUCAGUCGACCUCUGCUGCCGGGAUCCAACACCAAACUGUCCCAGGACGAGCAGGUCAAAUCCCACGAGAGCCGCUUCAGAGCCGUUUCCUCCGAGCUGGCCGACCUCACGGCCUCGACCCCGGACCGAAAGGUGAAAGGUCGCGAGCUGGAGGAGCAGAAACUCCGACAGGAGUACCUGGAGUUCGAGAAAACCCGCUACGGUACGUACGCCAUGCUGCUGCGAGCCAAGCUGUCGAGCGGCGACGAGGACCUGACGGCCUUCGAGUCGCGGCUGUUUGACGACGGCGGCCUGCAGAGGGCGCACUCCAGCCCCACGCUGCCGCUGGACGCCGCCGCCAACAAGGAGAAGACACGCGGGACCAAGACGUCGAAAAGCUUAAAGGUCUCCUCCUCGACCUCCAAGAGCGACGGCGGCAGAGACGGAAGCAAGAAGAAGAACGGCGGCGGGAACAAGCGGCCCGAGACGCAGAAACAGAGCAGCAGGCAGGACGAGGCGCCGCAAGGACAGAAACAAAGCGUGUAGCCGGAGACGGACAUGAAGCAUCAUGGGUAGCGACCCGACAUCCUCCUUUAAACCUUUUCUGUUAAAGCUCAGCCAGGCUCUGAUUGGCUGAGAGCCGAGCCGAGACGACGGCGAGGAAACGAAGGAGGACGAGCGAACAGACGAGCGGAGCACAAAUAUUCAGGAAACACUAACCGCUGGCUGUCACUUCCUGUUUCAUCUUUCAUUUCAGGGACUUUCUGAAAGCGACGUUAAGUUAAUAUGAUGCAGAUCAAUAAGCAGUAAUCGAUCAGCAGCAGCGAUCGAUCCCUCUUUGAACACUUUGAAGGUACUUUUAUUUCCUCACACUGACCUCCUGCAUCGCCGCCGCUCUGCUGCUCCUAGCAACCGACAGGGGAGCUGGUUGCCAUGCCGACCACCUAUGACGGAAAGAGCGCGUGGGACUGUUGCCGUGGUGACUGUGCAAAGGGGGGGGGGGGUGUCAGGUUGGAGUCAGGACUCCCCCGGCUAACAAACAAACAAAUGGAGGCUGGUGAUGCGUCACCGAGGGCAACGAGAACAGAAUACCUCCUCCUCACUGUGUGUGUGUGUGUGUGUGUGUGUGUGUGUGUGUGUGUGUGUGUGUGUGAGACUACACAGUAAUACUGCAUUAGUACUCGGUGUGUGUACUCUGCAGUCUAACUACAUGCUGGAUGGAGGAAACACGCCGCCUGUACGGAAGCUCGUUGGUGACUAAGAACUACUGACUGAGCUGCGUCUCACAGUCACUGACUGUUCUACUCACUCAACUUUAAAAACUAAAAUAUUAAAACAGAGAGAAAAUGUGCAAAAAAGACCAAAUUUAACAGAAGUAACAGGACGACUCAUUGCUGUCAGAGGCGUGAGAUACGCACUGUGUUAAACGUGUCAUGAGCCUCGAACACGUUACGCAGAAAUAAACGUUAAAACAUCUGUAUAAUAAACAUCAAUCUGAACAAAAAAGACAAAUGAGGAAAAACAUGAAAGGUUUACGUGAGUUAAUUCAUUUGAACCUUUGUGCUGAAACGGCAGCAAACUGACAAACGUUUCUAGAAUUUAAGUCAUCGAAAUAUCGAAACCUGGAAAUAUUUAUUCUCAUGUUUAAUGAUUAAAUAAUGUCAGACAUGUGACAGCUUCAAUCAGUUUUCUGCUCACUCAGUACUUUUGUCAUUAAUGAACUUCCAUACAAUUACUCCUUGCUGGAAACUGGUGAAACUGGUGAGAGGACACUAUGCUGGAAACUGGUGAAACUGGUGAGAAGAGGAAAGUUUGAAUCCGUCCACUUUCUCUUCAGCUUGUGAUCGAAGCGAGUCGGAGGAUUCGAACGGAUCGGUUCGUCCAGUCGGAGACUCGUCUGACGUUAACGAGACCAAACAGUCGUCAGAUCGACGCUUCUCACAAAGAAACUAACGUUCGCUUUUUGAAGACGACUGAAAAGUCUUCAGAUCAUCUUCACUGUCAGACUUUUUUUUUGAGGAUUUGUGGGUAAUGAAGUCUCUCGCUGCCACUUGGAGUCACCAGUUGAGCUUUAAAGGAUCAGUCUAUUUCCUGGUUAACAAAUGUUCAGUCCGUCUUUCUCUCAGCGUCUGUCGGCUCAGUUUCAUGUUUAAAACUCUACAGCGAGCGAGCACAGACCCACAUAAUCCAGUUAUUGAUGGUGAACAUCAAUGUGAACAGAAGGAGCUGCGUGUUGAUUCAUUUACAGAUGUAAAGACAUGAAACGGUCACCAGGUGGCAGCAGAGACGCUGUUUGCUGUUUCUCCUCUGGGAUGUUCUUCAGCGGAGUUUAAAGACAUUAAUGUGUGAUUAGUAAAGAAACGAUUGCAGACACUGAGGUUCGUGUUGGACUCUGUGUGAGCAGAGCGAUCGCCUCCACUCUGCUGACCAGUAAAGACACUAAAACACCACAGAGGACUUUAUAAACACGUGAACGCUGACGUCAGCGGUACUGAUGGAGUCAUACGUCGUCAUACGGAGGACCAGAGAGGACAAGAAUCAAGACGUUUUACAUUAUUUAUGUCAAAACAUCAGCACACAUCAGGCUUCAUGCAAGAAGCUCGUACGAACAGUUUCGUCCUUCAGAUGCACGUUCGAGUGAUUUAAGAACAUUCGUUGCGUUCGUUAGUUUUCUCGUACGUUGAAUUUUUCUCUGAGGUACGAACAGAGUUCACGUUCGGAGCUGUAACACGAGUUUGACUCAUAAAGUCCCGCUUCAGUCAGGACGGAGGCUGAAACGCAGAGAAGACGAUGCGUCGACACAUUUACAGCUCAGCGAGGACAUGAUGUGUCUGUAACACAACAACAACAACAACAACAACAACAACAACACUGUUUCUGUAUCUACGUCUGUUAUCAGCUGAUGUAGCUGUUAUGGGAAUAUUUAAGACCCUUUUACAAGAUUCUUGUUUUAAACAAAUGAAAACAUUUAAGACUGCAGACGCUAACGUUAGCUAAAGUAGCCCGCUAGCUGCGACACUCAGUCGGCUAAAAGUCAGACGUUGCUUUUGUUUACUUCUGUUACGUUUAAUUGUUUGAAAGUUAUCAGUAACCUGAUGAUGUGCGGUGCGAGUAUGGAAAGAUUGACCGGUUAGCAACCGUAACUAAGGGGGCGGGGCUUACGGAACAAGUAUUAUAUCUUUAGACGGUUUUUUGGGACCAACGUGUGCGUCAUGUGAUCCAGUCGACCGACGCGCCAGAAAAACAGCAGUUUGAUCACUUUUGUUGCUCUGAACGGUGAAUCCUGAGCUGAGCGCUCUGAAUCCUCCCGUCACUGACUCCAGAUCUCACCGAGUUUACAGGGAUUCAAGUCACACGUUUGUCGGGUUGAAAAUGACAAAGAUCUGUUGAACAUGUGUGUUUUGGAGUCACUGAACGAUGUGAUACCAUCAGUACCUUCUUCCAUCAAACAGCUCUGCGGGUUUUCUGACAGGAAAUCAGUCCGUCCUUUUCUUCCUCCAGCGGCGGACGAACAGCUGACUGUCAGCUGACUGUCAGCUGACUGACGGAGCCGUUCAGGUUCGUCCUGCUGCUCGGCGGCGGUUUGACCCCGACAGGGUCCUAUUUACUCUUCACAUAUCCAGUUAACACUUAUUGUGUAUUUCGGGUGUAUUUCCUGCACUGUGCAAUGUAAAGCAGCAUAGGAUGAGUUUGUCUACACGUCAUGGCCGCUUUCAGCUCUGUGUCUGUGUCCAAAUGUAAAUAAAUGUACGUUAUUGAGAAGCCAUACUGUAGUUGGGCUGGACGCCUAGCUAGCGCUCGCUGUGUUUUUAGGGCACUUUGUUUCCAUAUUUUAGGGUGAAAGCAGACGUUAAACCAGUUUAUUUAUUCUGUUCUGACAACAACAAAGACUGAAUUUAGUUUCUGUGAAAGUUUUGCUGUUUUCGGCUUCGCUGCGGCGCGAGCGCUCGCCGCCGCCGCCAGCUGGCCGAUCCAUCGCUGUACAUACUGUCGACUUCCUGUCAGGUUUUUGGUCGUAGUGAAACAGUUUGAAGGCAGUUAGAAGCAAAAAUAAAGACAUUUUGAAAACAUCUGGAAGGUCUCAGAGUCAUUUUUAUUCAGAAACCUCGACAGUAGAGCAUUUCUGUUUCUGUUAAAUGCUGAUUAAAUGUUUUUUUUUACAGAGUAAAGACACAAAUACACAGUAUCAGUAAAAACAAACCGGAUCCAUCCUGACGUCUCGACGAGAGAAAACAGAAAGUUUAACGACAUCAAGUCGAUUAAUUACUGACAAUAACGGACCGUUAAUCCUCGUCAGUAAACACCACAGCGAUGUUGUUUCCUACUGACGAAAACUACAUUUAAAUAAAAUACUAAAUAAAACUUUAAUUUCUUGUUUUAUGAGAAAACAGAUAAAAGAUUAUGGAAGUUCGUUUCCGCCGGAAAAAAAAACAUGAAAAGUUGGAAGAAUAAAAACAAAAUACUCGUUAAAAUGAUUUUAAUUUAACAGAUGAAACAGCUUGUCAUUUAUUUAACCUUAUUAAGUUUAAAAUGUCGACAUUUAACAACAUUUAACAACAUUUAACAUCUGACGUAUAAGUUUUACUCAAAGUUUGAUGUCGAAAUGAGUUUUUUAUCUUUUUCAUAAAAACAGUAAUUUUGUUUCUCGUGUUUCUUUGAACUAAAGAUCAAUAAAAGUUCUGAUAGUUUGAUAUUUUUAAUAUAACUUUGUUCGUUGUUCAUCUCGUAUAAUAAUUUUAACGUUUGUCAUAAUGUUCAUUCAGAUUCAUUCUGACUUUACAAGUUUAAAUGUGUGACGUGUCGAUGUUUAAUAAUCCUGAUUAAACACAUCAAACACAUUAUCUCAUCAUGUUGACGUCAGUUUUUACUUUAAGUCGUAACUUUGAUUCAUAGUUUUAUGUUUUUUAAGUGUCACUGAUGUCAAAGGUUUUAUGAUUUAAAACAUCAAACUUCAGUAAAAAGUUUCUCAUGUUUGGUUUCAAUUUAUCAAAAGUUUUGAUUUUGAUGUAAAAACUGUCAGAAUAACUUAACGAGUUCUUUUUAUCUGGUUGUUAAAAACACUUCAUUUUAUUUUAUUGGCAAAGAUUUAAACUGAAAGAGACACCAGACAGAUCACGCGUGUAACAUGUGUGUAACGUGUAACAUGUGAGUGUAACAUGUGAGCGUCUGUACACCUGCGCUGAUGAUGUCACUGUUCGGACUGACAGGUGAGUCGUGCUGCGUUCGAGACCGGAUAGAAAAUUGAAACUUCCGCUUCGUAAACAAACACAAACACAGGACUCGCUGCUGAUGUUUCAUCAGAUGAUUGUAAAGCUGCGCUCAUAUCGAAAGAAAAGUUCAAGGACGAUUCCAGGACUUUUAAGGUAUUUUGUGAAAUUCAAGGACUCCAAAACGUCUGCAAGGCGUCACAUAAACCGACAGAAAGAACCCGAAUAAACUCUAAUAGAGAAACAAACAUACAGGAAAAAUAUAAAUUAACUAAACUGAAAACAAAGUUGGAAAUUAAAAAUGAAUAAAAAU